UUAGAGCGAAACAAGUAUAUAACCUAGCGUCGGAGGGAAAAGAAAGGAAGUCAGCUAUAGUUCGGGAAGCAUCAAUCGCGUGAAUCUUUCCACGUAAACUCGAUCUUACUCGUCAAUCAUGUAAUUUGUUUUUUUCCUGGUAUGAAAUCGUAAAAAGUUACAUAUUUUUCACUGUUCACAAGUCACCUUGGGGGAGAAGAUUCACGAUUGACCUCCCUGCAUGAAAAGGACAAGGCAAAGGCCUACUUUCGCGCGGCCACGACAACACAACAAUGACAGGUGACCUAAGAAAUUAUCAGUCGCAAUGGGAUCAUCUCAGAGCGUGGAAAUACCAGGAGGUGGUACAGAAGGUUAUCACGUAUUGGGGGUUCAGGAAGGCUCACCUGGGCAGCAGGCAGGAUUGGAAGCAUUCUUUGAUUUUAUUGUAGCAAUUGGGAAUACUCGACUGGAUCAAGAUAAUGACACUCUGAAGGAACUCCUAAAGGCUAGUGUGAACCAGAAAUUAAUAAUUACAGUAUACAGUAGUAAAACAAAGUCUGUAAGGCGGACUCACAUCGUACCAAGCAUGACAUGGGGUGGACAAGGAUUACUGGGUGUUAGUAUACGUUUCUGCUCAUUUGAAGGUGCCAAUGAAAAUGUCUGGCAUGUACUUGAAGUACAUCCAUCUUCUCCUGCAGAACUGGCUGGUUUACGGCCGUUCACCGAUUACAUCAUCGGUGCGGAUUCUAUCCUACACGAGAGUGAGAAUCUGUUUACCUUGAUCGAAGCUCACGAAUCACGACCACUGAAACUAUAUGUAUAUAACACUAUAGACGAUUACUGCAGAGAAGUGACUAUUACUCCUAAUAAUACCUGGGGUGGGGAAGGAAGCUUAGGGUGUGGGAUAGGAUAUGGAUAUCUGCACAGAAUACCAGUUAGGAGUGUACUAGAGCAGAAGCCUGCCAAUUCAUAUACGAAUACUAUGAAGGUCGCUAUGCAAGAUCAAAUGCCAGAAACGACCGUUACCAUCGUCAUGUCAGGAAAUAGUCCAGCUGUCAAUAUGUCACCUGGAUUAUCUGGUCCACCAAAUUAUAUUUCGGUAGAUAGCUCCGUGAAAAAUCUGGAAGCUGAACAGAAAACUGUACCACCUCAAACCAUAGGAGCAAGUUCGAAAAUACAGACUACGAGCCAAGUCAAUUUCAGCGGCGUUGUUGCUAGUUCUAGUGCCGGUGCUAGUAUUAAUGCUGGUGCAGCAGUCGGUGCCGGUGUCGGUACGAGUGCUGCUGGCGGUAUCGGUACUAGUGGCUACACACCGAUUAGCCCAGUAGCCCACAUGUUUUCAAACCAGCCUGCGGUCAGUUUUACGCCUGGUACUUAUCAAGCAACUCCCAACAUUCCUGGUAUGCCGGCCAGUCCAGUUUUACCAACGGGUCCUUACGAAGUUACAACAACUCCGACGUCACCAAUCAAUCUCGCAGAACUGCAGAAAGAUCAGAAUCCUGCUUAUAGCGCGACCGUUGCUGCUGCUGGAUUUCAUAUGCCUCAAUCUCAUGUUGUAACAACACCGAUCUCACUGCCUGGAAUGCCGCCUAUCACGGUUAGCGCUUCUCUCCCGCAAAAUACUUCCUUCUAUCCGACUGUUCUUCAACAAAAUCAAUUGUCUAAUACCAAUACUACCGCCGCAACCACAACCGCAUCACCGUCGUUAACGUCGAUGUCAACAUCGGCGCAAUAACGGACACACGUUUUCCGAUUAAACGAACCAGCGUGACUUUCAAGCGUAAAUUUCACACUAAUAAAGCAUUAAAUACACCGGCAAAAAGAAAACGUGAUCGGUAUACCUCGCCUGUUCUACUCUCGCAUACGUUGCGACGAUUCAACAGCUAUAUUUCGUUUCUUAAUGAGUAUCAAGAAUGUGAUGCAUAUAGUAAAUUUUUUAAUGUGUACUAAAGGAUAGUAUAAUAUAAUAUUGUACAUAAAUAAAGUAUAUAUAA